AUGCCUAUUCACAGCUCUCCAAACCAGCCGGCUCAAGGACUGGAACACCAAUCAAAGGAACGAAAGAGUGAGGUAGGACAUCAUGAAGACAACUCACCAAAACUCGCAGAUAUGGAAGGAAUGGCUUCCCCACGAAGAGAAAUUUCUCAACCUUGGCUUUCGGGACUUAAGGGAGAGAGAGGUAGCAAUAAGGCUUUAACCGAAAGAAGUGAGGAGAGGAAUGUGUUACCAACGCCAAACGGCGACCUACACAGCAAGCUGAACAGUACUGUUCAUGAAAAGAGUAGUCUUGAGAGUGUACAAACUGAGUAUGAUGAAUCAAAUUCACCUCCCAUGUCUUUCUCAAAAAACGGAACAUCAAAGGACUUUAAAACUAAGCACCAUGUAAGGAUCGGAAGAGAAAUUACAUCAUCACCAAUGCAAAGCAACGACUCAUUGGGGAUGAUCUCAAGAAUUUACAAUAACAAUUAUUCUCCCAAUAGUAGCAAUGAAUUCCAUGAUGAAGAAAAACCUCAAAAGAGGCUUUUCCUAGGCAGGUCGUAUUCAUCAUCAACUCAAUAUGAUAAGCCUACGGCUCCUCCAAGCUCCUCUCCUUCAUUUAACCAACAAAGGCAAACCAAAACAUCCUCUUCAACAACAACCAAUUCUUCAACCAAUCUGUCUGGAUCUCCCCUCCGCUUCGAUUCCUAUUUGUCCUCGAGUGUUAAAUUGGUAAAACAAAUGAUGGAAAAGUAUUCCCUUAAUGAACUUGCUGCUCAACGAGUGGACGAAUCAUGUUUUAUUGCAAAUCUUGUGAAAGGAGGGGCAAGAUCGCCAUCCAUGAAUGAAAAUAAGGGCGAAGAAUACAGCAAUCACUCGAGAAGCAAUCCACAACCUUCUCCGCGGCAAUAUUCCUUCCACAAUAAUAAUAGGAUGGCUUCUCCAAGAACAGAGAGAGAUGUACUAUCGUAUGUACACAAACAACAGAAAAGCACACCGGUUCAAGCAAGAGCAAAUGAAUCACCAAAACGCUCCAAUCAAACACCACCAGAAAAGAAUAGAUCUCAAUCUCUCCUUGAGAAGCAUAAAUUGCAAGUUGAGGAAUUGGACUUUCUCAAUGAAAGCUCGUCUUCCUCUUCGGAUGAUGAAUACAACAAUCAUGAUGAGGAGAACAGCUCUAAACUUCCAGACCCAACAAAAAAUCCAAGAGAAUAUUAUGAAUUCAUGCUAGCCCAAGCUUUGGCCAAGAAGAAUGAAAAGAAGGACCCCACAUCCAAUGAAUACGAGAAAAUGGCAGAUUUAACAUUUGAAGAGUCCUUAAGCACCCUCAAAAAGACAUUAGAUUCUGCCGAAAAACUAAAGGAAGAAAGCUUGACCUCUCACACUCAAAGAAGAAGAGUGUAUGAUUCACUGAAGAGAGGAUUAGGUGCAAGACCUUUUGGUGGACAAGUAAGCGAAGUUGAUGUAACACUCAGCUCGCCUCGUUCGCCUCGUUCACCAUUAGCCCAGCAAGAACAACAAACAUCACCAAAUACCUCAAACACUUCAAUCCAAAGCUCUCCCCAACCAGCAUUUAAAUUCGAAAAUGACUCUAACUCAACAGAUACGAAGCCAAGAAAAAAAGAUUCAGCACUUGAAGUCUUUCAAAGGUUGUACACCAUCAAAAAGCCUCCAGAGGAAGAAGUCGAUGUUCCAAAAUCUCCAAGAAGUUCAACAAGGUCCUCCUCUCCAGCCAAUGACAGUUUUAUAAACAGAAUGAAAUUGUGCGAGGAGGAAAGGCAGCAACGAUUGGAAGACCUUAGAUCCAAAUUUAAUGACAGCCUAAAAAAGGAUAUCAGCUUUUCUCCAAAAAUUAAUGAAAACUCAAAAUCUAUGCAAAGAUCUGUGGAGUCCUUAUUGAAUUGGCAAAAAGAAAAAAUUACUAGGCAAGAACAAUUAAUCAAAAACAAAAAAGAAAAAGAAAUAUCUAAUGAAUGUACAUUCAGCCCUGAGCUUAGCCCUCGAUCGCAAAAACUCGUUAAAAAGAAGGGUUCCAUUCCAAUAGCUCUAAGAGAAUACUAA